AGGGUUGGCCUCUCUCUGGUCGCGGCUCCGUGUGGUGAUGGCGGCUCUGACGGGGAGCGCGGGCGCGGCGGGGCUGUUGCCCUCCCUCUCGGUGCCCGGCGUGACCGAGCUGAAGCCGCUGAGCCGCUACGAGGCCAUGCGGCUCGGGCCCGGCUGGAGCCACUCGUGCCACGCCAUGCUGUACGCGCCCAACCCGGGCAUGCUCUUCGGGCGCAUCCCGCUGCGCUACGCCGUGCUGAUGCAGAUGCGAUUUGACGGACUACUGGGCUUUCCUGGGGGGUUCGUGGAUCGCCGUUACUGGUCCCUGGAGGAUGGUCUGAAUCGGGUGCUGGGCUUGGGUUUGGGCUGUGUGCGCCUGACGGAAGCUGAUUAUCUGUGCUCGCACCUGACAGAGGGGCCACAUCGCGUGGUGGCGCACUUCUACGCCAGGCAGCUGACCCUGGAGGAGCUGCACACCAUCGAGAUCUGCGCGGUGCAUUCCCGGGACCACGGGCUGGAGGUGAUGGGAAUGGUCCGUGUCCCUUUGUACACCCAGAAGGACCGCAUGGGCGGGCUGCCAAACUUCCUGGGGAACUCCUUCAUCGGGACUGCUAAAUUCCAGCUGCUCUUUGCCCUGAAGGUCUUGAAUAUGGUGCCUGAGGAGAAGCUGGCAGAAGCGGUGGCUGCCACCCAGAAGCAAAAAAAGCCGGCAGCUGAGCCCACAGCUGUGACAGCCAAUGUGACAACAGCCAAUGUGACAACGACAACAGCAGCUGUGACGGCCAAUGUGACAGCAGCUGUGACGGCCAAUGUGACAGCAGCUGUGACGGCCAAUCAGAUGGUGGCUAAGCCAGCAAAUGAGUUGGCAAAUCAGCCUGUAGCUGUGUCAAUGGCUGAGCCAGCAGCAGAGCCCGCCGCUGAGCCAGCGGCUGAGGCUAUGGCUGAGUGAUGAAUUUUUUUCUUUUUUGACUUGGUUAAAAAUGGGCAAAGACACUAGAGACUUUCUUCUAACUUUCCAGACAGUCACUGGCUGCAAAUGCUGCCCAGGUGACUGCUCCUCAGGUGUGAUGGGAUUAGAUUUGCCUGAAGCAAUGGAAAGCUAUAUUUUUUAAGGCCCAUAAACAGUACCAAGCUUUCCAGUUCUCUCUUAACUGCCCCCCCUCCGGAGUCCGUGUGCUUACCCGAGGACUCUCUUAGAUUGCUUUAAUUUACAGGGAUGCUCUGCUCCAUUCAUGUCCCAGCUUAGGUAUUGUUUUAAUGAACAGAAAUGUUACUUUUUAAAUUGUUCCAAGGAGGGGUUUUAGGCCCCUGCUGCAGUAUUGUGAACCCAGUCACAGCUGUGUUGGGGAAGGGGUGGGGGAAUAAGUGAACCCAACUGAAAAGAGGCAUGUCUGCUAGCUCUAGCUCCAUGCCAGGUGCAGAAAUGAAACUGCCUCCUGUAGGAACAGUCCAGGGGUGCUCCUAGUGUUCCCAGGUUUCAUGACUUUGGUAUCACAUGGAAGAGUUGAAGGUGGCAGCUUACCUGGCUAGUGGCAGUUCCCAGGUGGCUUAGUUGUUGGUGCCCCUGUGGGGUGCAGAAAGGCAGCGUGUGGCUUUGCAUAUGGAGAGUUGGGGGAGCAGGAAAAUGAAAUAAAUGGCUUUGCUGUA